GCUCCUUUUUCUACGUUUUCUGGCGGAAAUCUUCCUCUUUGCCACUUUUUAUAUGCAUACAUUCGUAAUAUUAUUCCCACAACGCCUCUCUUCCCCUGCUCUACUUGGUUAGUUUCUUUUUCGCGAUUAAUUGCCGAUGGCUUUCAGGGCAACCAGGCAAUGGAGAAAAUUAAUGGUGACGGGGCGAUUGGGGGAGAAGCAAUCAUUUGCAACAGCGAGCAGCAGUCCAAAGAUUGCAGAAAGCGGUCACAACAAAUAUGCAUUAAUGGGAGAGUUUGCGCCUGUAUAUAUGGUGAUGGGAUUUGUAAGUGUGGCAAUUGGGAUCGGAUUGCACACUGCAAAGCAGCAGCUGGUGCAUUCCCCGAGUGUUAACAUCAGUAAGAAAAGGAGAGAAUCGCUACCGGAGGUUGAUAUCCCUGAGGUCGUUAGUUGCAAUGGUGAUAAAUUUAUCAACAAAUCAUUCCUGAGGAAGGUGGCUCAUAUUCAGAAGGAUAAACGCACUCUUCCUGAUCCGACCCUCCCUAAUCCUUACACGAGGUCUCGAGAAGCAGAGACCCUCGCUACAGUUGGUGUGAAUCCACGGCGCCACUGAUCGAAUUAACACCUAUCCAUUCUAUUUCUUCUCUGUUAUGUUUCUGUUUUCACAUCAUUAUUUAUUUUCUUUUUAAUUAGUCUCCAUGCCAUUUUGUAAAUACAAUAUUCAAUCUCUGGGUUAUUGUCUUAA